AUGUCCCUCGGAGUCUCUCUUCUGCUCUUUUUCCUCUGCCAAGCAUUUUCGCUGCCCGUCCCUACUCAGCUGUCCAAGGAGGAUGAAACGGUGGUUAAAUGCAUCUCUGAAAUCUUAGCAGACGCCCUUUCCAGAUCCAGCCCAAUGCCGGUGACCAGCGAAUGCAUGAAGAUCCUGAGGGAGGACGAGAGAGUCCUCGCGCUGCUUCAACAUCGGCAUCUUUUGACGGAGUUGGAGGAACUCGCCCAUCAAGAAAACGCGAAGCAUCUCCUGGCCCAUGAAAUUAACCACAAUUCUGGGGAAGAAAAACAACAAGGAGAACUCCAGAAGAGCGAUGGGCUUUCUCAGCAGAAAGAAGCUGAGCGGGCUGGCGGAAAGAAAGAAGAUGAGGCGGAGAAGGAGGAGGUGAAGAAGGUGAUGAAGAAGGACGAGAAAACUAAAAAACCCCAGGAGAAAAUCAAGGUCUCCCAAAAGGAAGAUGGUCAAGACUCUUUGGAGGAACGGGACGUAGAGGAGGAGCAGGAGGAGAAAGAAACGAAGGAGAGGACCGCCUCGGAGACGUGGUACUCGAAGGAAUAUUUUGGCCACGUCAAGAAAAGAGGUUCUAGGCAGCCCAAAAUCAGAAAGGGGAUGCUUCGGGGAGAGGAAGGAGGCCAGGAGAGAGAGGAAGUGGGCAAGAGACGCUCGAGGAUGGGUGAGGAAGAGAAGGAGGACCCUUCAGAAGAAGAGGAGCAGAAGAAAUACCAUCCGGGAGGACACAGUGAGGAUGAGAGCUGGGAGGAAGAGGAGGAAAGAUCUGCUGUGGCCAAGAGGGUGGCGGAGAAGGCCAGCGAUGAGGAGACCGCCCAGUUCGAAGAAGAAGAGAAGGGCCACCUCCAUAAAAGCUGGAAGCCAUGGAAGGAAGAAGCAGAGGAGGAGGAGGAGGAGGAGGAGGAGGAGGAGAAGCACGACAAGGCGAGACAUGGCCACCACCAUCCAUCGGUUGGCUUGGAGCUCAGGAAGAGACAUGGGAAGGAGGAAGUGGAUCUGAAGGGUAGACACCACGCUCCGGAGGAGGAGGAAGAAGAAAAGGACUCCAAACAGAGGAAGGCUCAGGAGAUGGAGAAACUGGAAGAGGUUGAACGGCAGCUGAAGUGGGCAGCCGACAAUCUAGAAGAACUGAAGCGGGGUUAA